AUGAAAGCGUUCGUCUAUAGUGGCCCAGGGAGGGUUGAGCUCUUAGACCGCCCAAAGCCUACUAUUCAAGCACCCACUGAGGCUGUGGUGCGCUUAAUGUAUGCCUCUAUUUGCGGGACUGACCUUCAUAUCCUCAAAGGAGAUGUCCCUACUGCCGAUUUCGGAACAAUACUUGGCCAUGAGGGUGUUGGGGUUAUCGAAUCCUUAGGUUCUGCAGUCCAUAACUUACAGGUCAACCAGAGAGUACUGAUCUCUUGUAUUACCUCGUGUGGCGCAUGUCGGCGUUGUCGAGGUGGUCUCGCCGCUCAUUGUCAAACUGGAGGGUGGAUAUUAGGAAACCGCAUUGAUGGCACACAGGCUGAAUAUGUGCGCAUUCCACAUGCGGCUACCUCCUUGUAUCCACUUGCACCAUCUAUAGAUCCCCGUGCAGCGGUCAUCAUGUCAGAUGCUCUUCCAACCGGGUUUGAAUGUGGUGUUCUCGGCGCAAAUGUCUUUCCGGGAGCAUCUGUCGUGAUUAUAGGAGCUGGGCCUGUCGGUAUAGCAGCGCUCCUCACCGCGCGUCUCUAUUCUCCGAAGCAAGUUGUUGUUGUCGGACGCAAUGAACCGAGACUUGUCAUUGCCAGGAAGCUAGGUGCUGACGCAACCAUCAGCUCUUCUGCACCAGAUGCCCUCCAGCAGCUUAUGGCUUUGACCAAUGGCCAAGGAUUUGACUCUGUCAUCGAAGCAGUUGGUAUACCUGAGACGUUUGCACUUUGCCAGGACCUUGUCACUGUGGGUGGCCGUAUUGCCAACGCAGGCGUCCAUGGAAUCAAGGUGGAUCUGCAUUUGGAAGCCCUGUGGGAUCGGAAUAUCAACAUAUAUACAUCCCUGGUAAAUGGAACCACGACUCCCCAGUUGCUGGACCUUGUAGAUUCAGGAUUGUUGGAUGUUAGUUCAUUGGUAACUCAUAGUUUCCCUCUAGCUGAGGCAACAAAGGCGUACGACACUUUCAAAGAGGCUUCUGCGCACAAUGCCCUCAAGGUGGUUAUCGACUUUACUGCGGCGCAAGGCUCAUCAGCAAAGAUAUAA